AAAGGCAAAGUUUAUAUUGUAGCUUUUGUUAAAUCGUAUCCUUACAACAAAAUUUAAUUCUUCCCACAGAUCCUCUAAAGACAGAAAAUUGCUGGUCUUUGUCAGAAUCGUGUUAACUGCAGAAAACAACAUUUGAUAAAUUUGACCAUUAGAACGUAAAAGUUCCAAGAACUGUCAUCUUGAUAAGAAGAUUGGUUCCACAUGAGCUUGGAAUUACGCUUGGACAAAAAAGCUCUAGUCGUACCUUAAGUAAUGCGGUGGCCAGCAUUAAUGGUUAGUGAUGGUGGAUGGCUAUGGCCGCCUUAUUAGUUGGUUUAUGUUGACCUCUCUAGUCAAGGCGAGUUCGGAUCACCAGCCUCCAAGCAAACAAGGUGGUGGAGUAACUUGUUAUACUUGCGUGAACGUAUCCGAUAAUCUGAUGUGCAAUCAGUACGCUAUAGACAGCCCCUGUCCCGAAGGGGAAGAUUUCUGUCACACAUUGCACAUAAUGGAUUCAACUGGUGCUAGCGUUGUUGUUAAUAAGAAAUGUGCCGACACGACCGAAUGUUGGCCUCUCGGAGUAGGUUGUGUGUUAGUCGACACGCAGACGAUUUGCGUCUCAUGCUGCGACGAGAUGUACUGUAACGUCACCGUUCCAACAAACCAAUCGAACGCUAUCUACUCUAACCGAAGGACACAGAGCAGGACCAAAGUUCGUCCUUCGGAAACACCGGACCUACCCCUGUCUUCAGCACCUCAGACGCUAGUCUCUCACAGUAUACUAUUUGUUGUUUUAAAAUCGCUGUUAUAAAAGUCACAAAUAAUGGGGAAUUAUGGAAAUGUUAAAUUAUCAGGGUUAUUAUGUACAUCUGAAAAACGUUUGUCUCGAAUUGUUAUUAUUGGAUAAUUAUUAUCUUCUCCGACGUUUCCAUAUUGUGAUGUGUUUCUUCAUCUCCAACUAGCUCCGCGGUUUGAAAUUGUAUAGAAAAAACGAUGUACACACCACACACCCACACACAGAACACACAUACGAAAUAAUUUUAAAAUGCUUCUUUUGACGUUUCUCUUUUUGUGAAAUGAACUUUACAUAUCCAAUAAUUAUUUAAAAAGCUAAAAGAUGUAUAUAUGUAAAACCAGAUUUUUAACAUACUUUACGCUUACGUUUAUUAUAUUCGUCUCAUAUGAAUCUUAAUAAUAAAGAUGAGACAAAAGUUUUGAAAUUACUUAACAUAUUUUUAUUUUUAUUCAAACUAUCCUUGUUAUAUGUAUUUAAAUUAUUUAUCUGAAAACUUAUAUUUUAAACUCAAAAACUAUUUUUAUCGAUUACCUUCGUAUUAUAAUUGUUAAUUUUAAUAAUUAAUUAUUAUAAGAUGAAAACAUAGUUUUUUCUUUAAGCUCAGAAGAAUCUGUUGGCUUUAAUAGGUAAAAUGAAUAUAGGUGUUUUUUCAUGCAAAACAUUUUGGAAAAUAUUAACUUUUUGCAUUAUAUUAGCGAUUCUAAUUUCAGAAAUCAUUUCCGAAAAGAAAAGAAAAAAUUGUAUAAUUUCCCUCUCAUAUUAAUUAUAAUGUUCGAACAUUAGUCUGUACUCUCUUCAAUUGAAAGAAGCCAAAAUACUACUAAAAUAAUGUAAAAUCGCAUGCAUUUAAUACAAUUUGUUAUAAAAAUUAUUAUCGACGUGCAUUAAUGUAGAAAUUAUUAAAAAUAUUUUCUUUUUUUAUUGUUUACUGCACAA